GAUAAGGGUUUGUAUCAGACAUUGUUCCACACAUUUUAAUAAAAACACAAAGACAGUAUCCGCUUUUGUUUCAAAGCCACUGUUUUCAUCUGUCGGAAUAAAAUCGAUCCAGGCUUCAUUUUCAAGCCCUAUGUCAAAGAAGGCGAAGGUAGCAACUGUGGACCCAGUAUACCAGAGCACUGAUGGCAAAGUCGUGAUCACAAUUCUGGCCAAGCCAGGAGCCAAACAAAAUGCAAUUACUGAUAUCUCGGAGGAAAGUAUUGGUGUCCAAAUAGCAGCACCACCUGUAGACGGCAAGGCCAAUAUGGAAUUGGUCAAGUUCAUGGCGAAGACGCUGGGGGUCAGGAAAUCUGACGUGGUGCUGGAGAGGGGCUCAAAGUCUCACUCGAAAACCGUGGCAGUCACUGGUAAGAGUAAAGAAGAUGUGCUGGGCAUGAUCAGAUCUCAAAUAGACACAGACCACUGAUGCAGUGCGGACAGAAAAGAGAGGUUACAGGGCCAUCAUAAAAACUUAACAGGAUUCCUCUACAUGAAGUGGGAUGGAUUUAAUAGAGGUCAAUGACGUUAUGUGAUCCAGGAGCCACAGAAUGCCGCGAUCCUUCUGUGAUGUCAUCUUUCUGUGUAUGGAGGAAUAUAAUAGC